AUGUUCCUCUUUCGCUAUCUUCCUAGCCCUCCUAGAUACCGCUCCUACAUCUUACUAGAACCGCUUGGAGGUUCAGUACCACAUAAACAAAAGCCACGUCGCGUUCACGUACCCCGCUGCAUCUAUGCCGCCCUUGCUGGCUUAUUUAUUGCGUCCGUUGUCUUCAACAUCGUCCAUCUGGUUAGAAGCACACACACCCCACCAGUACCGCUCGACGAUUUCCAGCAAUUAAAAACAUACCCACUUCUCAACGAAUCCGCCAUACCGUCUCUGUCUGAAGAUGCCUGGCACAGCGCCGCGGUGGUUACCACCCUCUACUCCGACUCCUACGCUCCUGCCGUUGCAACGCUCGGUCAUUCGCUACACCUGGUGCAUACCUCCGCUCGUUUAGUCCUCCUCUAUAUCCCAUCCAAAGUCUCCGCAGAGGCCUUGUGUCUCGCUACAUCCUCCGGCUUCGUUGCUUAUCCUGUCGAGCGCAUCCCACCCCCCGCAGACGGCCGCGGCAUGCUUAAACAUUUCGCCGACCAGUACACGAAGCUCAGACUCUGGUCACUCGACGCACUGCCCGACCCCAUCACAAGCCUCGUAUACAUCGACAGCGAUACCCUCGUCCUCCGCAACUUCGACGAGCUCUUCUCUCUACCAUACAAUUUCGCUGCUGCGCCUGACGUUUGGCUCGGUCAGCGCGGCUUCACGCUCGACUUCAACGCCGGUGUCGUCUUCUUGCGCCCGGACAGCGAGCUCUUCGACUCUAUGCUCGCGGCGCUGGAAGUGGCGCGGUAUCCACCUGGAUGGGCCGAGCAGGCGUUCCUAAACCAGUACUUCGCAACCGACGUCCUACGCCUGCCGCUCGCGUACAAUGGGAACAUCGCCAUCAAGCGGCGCGCGCCAAAGGUUUGGGACAGCCUCCAGGACGAGAUGCGCGUUGUACACUACACCAUGGCCAAGCCGUUCCUAUCGCGUAGCGGGAAGGGAGUACCACUCGACCACCUCGAAGAGCGCGUGCGUGCCGCUGCAGAGGAGCAUGAGGGGCUAUACAGGGAAGAGGUGCUGCAGUGGGGUGACAUGUGGCGGGAGGCUCGGAGGGUGUACGCGGAUGAGCUUCGGAAAUGUAUGAUUUACUGACACACGCAUGUGCUCAUGUUAAGG